AUGGCGUCCGAGGCCGACACCGACGCCUUUCCCUCGGAGCGCCCCUACCGCUCUCACCUCCGCCCGGCGUGUCUGGCUUGCCGGAAACGCAAGUCUCGGUGCAACGUCGAUCGAAGCGGAGGGACAUGCUUAACCUGUCGAGCCCACGGCACGUCAUGCGAGUUCCCCCCGGCCCCCGUCGGCACCUCUCCGCGGCCAUCGAAGAAUGCGUGGAGGAAUGCUCAGGUAUCCCGCAAGUCGAGGGACCUGAGCAGUCACCGCCGCUCAUCCUCGCCAUCCCGGAUAGCAGCCACAACAACAGCAACAACACAAGUCUCAACCGCCGAGCUUCAUCUUAACCUCAACCCCCCGGCAGCAACUCAUCUGCCCCUUGCUCAUGCUGACGCUGGGUUGGCGGCCAGGGGGAAAUCGAGGUCUUCGGAUAGGCAGUUCCCUUCGGUAUCAUCGCCCCAUGACACCCGCUACCCUGAGCCUAUCGGCGGCGGCGGCGAGGACGAGGCACACAUCGUGGGGCCGGCCGACAUCGAGGACACCCAGGUCCUGUCCACCUACCUCUCCAAUGACUCGUCGGUCCUUGACAGGAGCUUGCGCACCAGGAUAUCGGGUACCAGUCCGCGAAACGACAACAGAAGCGGCGGCGGCGUUCGGAAACCCGUCGUGUUCACAACGGUGAGGAAGCAGCCGCUGGGCGUGCCAGACGACCGCAACCCGGCGUUUUUGAAAUGCCAGAUCAUCGAGAAGCUUCUGGAGCCCAUGCUGCCAGACAUUGUCGAGCUCUUCUUCGAGAAACCCAACCGGUGUUUCCCUCUCCUCGACAGACACUCCUUUGAGAGACGCUUCGCCGAGGACCGCCGGCACAUCUCGCCCGCCCUGCUGUCGAGCCUUUACGCGCACACCAUGACGUACUGGGCCCAGUCGCCGCGCCUCGCCGUCCAGCACCGCCCGGACACGAGGUUCAUCUGGAACCAGACCAACGACGCGCUGUACUCGGAGAUCCACCUCUCGCCCGGCAUCUCGACGCUGCUGGCCAUCCUGCUCAACAUCGCCGGCCGGCCCCUGACCUCCAUCAUCGGCAACGGCCUCCUGCUGGGCUCGGCCAUCUCGCUGUGCCACUCGCUCGGCCUGAACCGGGACUCGUCCGACUGGGACAUCCCCGAGGCCGAGAAGCUGCUCCGCACCAAGAUCUGGUGGGCCAUCUUUGUGUACGACAAGUGGUCGAGUCUGGCGUACGGCACGCCGCCCCAGCUGCGAAGCGGCCAGUACGACGUGUCGAUCCCCGGCUUGGAGCAGCUCUGCGGCCCAGCAGCCAACCCGGUCGACUACGAGGCGACGUCGGUCUAUCUCGCCUUCGUCUCGCUCUCCCGGUUCCUCGACAGGUACCUGGAGCACAUCUACGACCUCGACAAGGCGUUGCCCACGGGUCCCUGUGACCUCGAGGUCCUGCUGACGCAGUGGGAAGACUCCCUCGGCCCGAGCUUGCGCCGGCGUAUCAUCCGCGGCGGCGACAGGCUCGACAUCCCCGGGUCGGCGAACCUCCGCCUGGCGUAUCUUUACAUCAAGCUGCUCCUCCGCAAGUGGGAGUUGGACGCGGAAAAGGCCGCUAGCGCCGCCGCCGCCACCGAUGCCGCUCCCGAACACGCGACGUUCUCGUCGAUUCCCAUGCGGUGCUACCUCGAGGUCCGCCGCGCCGCCGAAGAGAUCGUCCUGCUCGUCCAGGAGCUUAGGGACCCCCAGCUCGGCGACUACUGGCUGCCCUUACUCACCUUCGCCUUCACGUCCACGACCAAGUUCCUCCUCCGCUGCGCACUCGAGACGGAGAACACCAUUGGCGGCAUCGCCCAGAGCAUGUCGCUCAAGCUGGCGCGCGACCUCGUCGACGCCCUGCGGGGCCACCGCCAGAGGGGGUGGGACGUCGGCGACCUCUGCAUCGCGCAGUACUCCGACGUCGUCGAGAAGCUGGCGACGUCCACCUCCGGCGCCGGCCUGGCGGAGCAGCCCGUCGACGUGCCCGAGCUGCAGGAGUAUCUGUCGACGAGCGUGCCGGACAUUGAUGAGCUGUUCCCGAGCCUGUGGGACAUGUUCGGCACCACUUGA